AUGCUUUCGCGGCGAUACACAUCUCAAUCCAUUGAUCAGUCGUCAACCGACUUUUCUUCCACACGCACACCAGAUUCCAGCUCGCAAUUACCACCAUUAUCAAAAGACGCCAACAGCAGCUCAAUAGACGGUAAACAAACAGAAGAGGAUGUUCUAUACCUCAAAGAACCCGAGCAAUAUCUCCCGACCCACAAUGUUGUCGUUUGCGAUUUGCAUUUUCGGAGUUAUGUUCCAUCUCAUAUGGACUUUUAUGUCGACUUUUGUCGACGUGCUGCUGGGGCUCUCAGGAUUCCAUGCUCGGGACCUGUCCCCCUUCCCACAAAAACCACCCGAUGGGCUGUUCCUCGCGGUCCAUUUAUUCAUAAAAAAACCCAAGAGAACUUUGAACGCAAGACACAUAAGAGAUUGCUUCAAUUGAAAGAUGCAAACCGAGAUGUGAUUGAGAGAUGGUUGUAUUAUAUCAUCGAUAAUGCUCCAAGUGGCAUCGGAAUGAGGGUAACACUAUGGGAGUAUGAGGAACUUGAUGUAGGAGAGAGAAUGCUAAAACAAGCGAGGGGUGAGGAAAAGAUAGCAUUAAAAGCUGUUGAGAAUGACAAGGGAGAGAAGGGUUUGACCGGUGAGAAAGUAGCCACUGUUGCCAAUGUGCUGGUCAAGGAGAUGGAAAGACAAGUUACUGAAGAGGAACACGAAGAUACAGAGAAACAGGAUUGA